UGGGCGCCCUGUUGCCGGAAGAAGGAUCUGUACCAGGUCUUGCAGGCUCCGUUACUGCUGUCGGAAGAGAUGUUUGUCCGCGUUGAAUCUCAGAGGUGGAUCUGUCCACUCCUUUGGCGCGGUCGACCGAGCUCUCUUUCUGGAUGGAGGUUUAUGUAGAUCUCAGAGGUGUCUCCAGCACUUUGCAAUUUAAACUACAAAAGGAGAGGGGAGCGUUUGGCCACUGGUCUUUUCAGAUCUUUUGUGUCGGGGAGAAAAAAAAAGCGGAAGGAGAAGCGCAAUCAUCAUUACUGAGCCUGCAGGAGGUGGAGAAGAAAAAGCAAAGCAGGAAAAUCACAAUACUUGUAUUGCUUCUUUAGAAUCAGAUGGCGGAAUUUGGUAACAGAGGAGGAGACACUAGUGGGGGGAGAAUAACCUCCUCCCCAAAUUUGGCACAUGGAAAGGUGGCUUUUAAAGCAGGUGAUGGGGAAGGAGGAGGAGGAGGGGGCAGUGGUAUUGCAAGAAUCCACUUGGACAGUGCUCGCAAUGGGGUCUCCAAUGGAGAUUGUGCUCUAGGAAACCAAGAACACAUAGAUUCUCCUCAACCAGGCAGCCCUGCCAUAGAGAGAGGAUGUUCCAAUCUGCACCCAGAAGGCAAAUCUGGUAUUCCCAAGAAAGCCAGCAUUAUCAAGGAUGGCACAAAACAAAAAAGGGAACGGAAAAAAACAGUCUCGUUCAGCAGCAUGCCUACUGAGAAGAAGAUAAGUAGUGCAAGUGACUGUAUUAAUGCUAUGGUUGAAGGUUCAGAACUCAGAAAAGUUCGAUCCAACUCUAGGAUAUACAAUCGAUAUUUUCUUUUAGAUGCAGAUAUGCAGUCACUAAGAUGGGAACCUUCAAAGAAGGAUUCUGAAAAAGCAAAGAUUGACAUCAAAUCAGUCAAAGAAGUGAGAAUAGGGAAAAAUACAGACAUUUUUCGUAGCAAUGGAAUUUCUGACCAAAUUUCAGAAGAUUGUGCAUUUUCUAUUAUUUAUGGAGACAAUUAUGAAUCUCUUGAUCUGGUUGCAAACUCUGCAGAUGUUGCAAAUAUUUGGGUUACUGGCCUAAGGUAUUUGAUAUCUUAUGGAAAACAUACACUGGACAUGCUAGAAAGUAGGCAAGAUAAAAUGCGCACCUCAUGGGUCUCCCAAAUGUUUAAUGAAACAGAUAUAGAUCAUAUGGGGCGGAUAUCCUUGGAUACAGCUGUGAAGUUUAUAAAAAAAUUAAAUCCUGGUUUAAAAACAAAUAAAAUUGAAUUAAAAUUCAAAGAACUGCAGCGAUCAAAAGACAAGCCUGAUACAGAAAUCACAAAGAUUGAAUUUGUUGAAGUUUUCCAUGAGCUUUGCACUCGUCCUGAGAUCUAUUUCUUACUAGUUCAGUUUUCUAGUAAUAAAGAAUUUCUUGAUACCAAGGACCUUAUGAUGUUUUUAGAAGCAGAACAGGGUAUGGCUCAUGUCACAGAGAAGACUAGCCUUGAUAUUAUUCACAAAUAUGAACUAUCUAAAGAAGGUCAAAAAAGAGGCUGGCUCUCCAUAGAUGGUUUUACAAAUUAUCUUACCUCCCCAGAAUGUCAUAUAUUUGAUCCAGAGCACAAAAAGGUGUGCCAGGACAUGAACCAGACUUUAUCUCAUUAUUUCAUAAACUCUUCUCACAAUACAUACUUGAUAGAAGAUCAAUUUCGAGGGCCAUCUGAUAUCACUGGUUACAUUCGGGCUCUAAAAAUGGGAUGCCGCAGUGUUGAGUUGGAUGUCUGGGAUGGUCCUGACAAUGAGCCUGUAAUUUAUACUGGUCACACAAUGACUUCACAAAUCGUUUUCCGUAGUGUAAUUGACAUAAUUAACACAUAUGCAUUUUUCGCUUCGGAAUAUCCUCUUAUUUUGUGUUUGGAAAAUCAUUGUUCUCUCAAGCAACAGAAUGUGAUGGUCCAGCAUAUGAAGAAGAUUCUGGAGGAUAAAUUAUAUGUGAAUCCUCCAAAUACAGAGGAGUCUUACCUGCCAUCUCCUGAAUAUCUUAAAGGAAAAAUACUAAUUAAAGCCAAGAAGUUAUCGUCUAAUUGCUCUGGGCUAGAGGGAGAUGUUACAGAUGAAGAUGAAGGAGCAGAAAUGUCACAGCGAAUGGGAAAAGAGGCAGUGGAACUACAGAAUGUUGUCCCAGUGAAACGGUUUCAGCUUUGUAAAGAACUAUCGGAACUGGUAAGCAUAUGUAAAUCAGUUCAGUUCAAAGAUUUUCAGGUUUCAUUUCAACUUCAGAAAUACUGGGAAGUUUGCUCCUUUAAUGAAGUGGUUGCCACCAAAUAUGCCAAUGAACAUCCUGGAGACUUUGUGAAUUAUAAUAAACGCUUUCUUGCAAGGGUUUUCCCAAGCCCUAUGAGGAUUGAUUCUAGUAACAUGAACCCACAGGAUUUCUGGAAAUGUGGCUGUCAAAUUGUAGCAAUGAACUUUCAGACACCUGGAUUAAUGAUGGACCUCAACAUUGGCUGGUUUCGACAAAAUGGCAAUUGUGGCUAUGUGCUGCGACCCGCUAUCAUGCGGGAGGAAGUAUCUUUCUUUAGUGCAAAUACAAAGGACUCAGUGCCUGGUGUAUCACCUCAGCUUCUUCAUGUUAAGAUUAUUAGUGGGCAGAAUUUUCCAAAGCCAAAAGGUUCAGGUGCCAAAGGUGAUAUAGUAGAUCCUUAUGUGUAUGUAGAAAUCCAUGGGAUUCCAGCAGACUGUGCAGAACAAAGGACAAAAACUGUCCACCAAAAUGGAGACAAUCCUAUUUUUGAUGAGAGUUUUGAAUUUCAGAUUAACCUACCUGAACUUGCUAUGGUACGCUUUGUUGUGUUAGAUGAUGAUUACAUUGGAGAUGAAUUCAUUGGGCAGUACACAAUUCCUUUUGAAUGUUUACAACCAGGUUAUCGUCAUGUCCCGCUUCAGUCUCUAACAGGAGAAGCUCUAGCAUAUGCUUCCUUGUUUGUUCAUGUUGCUAUCACUAAUCGAAGAGGUGGAGGGAAACCUCAUAAACGGGGACUUUCUGUUAGAAAAAGCAAGAAAUCCAGGGAAUAUGCCUGUAUGAGGACUUUGUGGAUUAAAAGUAUUGAUGAAGUAUUCAAGAAUGCUCUUCAGCCCAUUCGGGAUGCCACAGAUUUGAGAGAAAAUAUGCAGAAUGCAGUAGUUUCAUUCAAAGAGUUGUGUGGGCUUGCUCCUGUAGCAAAUCUUAUACAAUGUAUUCUGGCAAUGUCUAGCCGCUUAGUGAAAUCCGAUAAUACAACCUUGGUUGUGGUAAAUCUCAGUGAUCAGUAUCCCACAAUGGAAUUGCAAGGGAUUGUUCCAGAAGUUUUAAAAAAAAUUAUCACAUCAUAUGAAACAAUGAUUAAUAUGAUAAAGAUUCUGACAGAAAAUGCAGAUACUGUAUAUGAAAAAAUUGCUCAGUGUCAAAGAGCAGCAAUGGAGUUCCAUGAGAACUUACAAAAUAUAGGAGCAAAGGAAGGAUUGAAAGAGAGAAAACUACAAAAAGCAGUGGAGAGUUUUACCUGGAAUAUUACCAUUUUAAAGGGCCAAGCUGAUCUUCUCAAGUAUGCUAAAAAUGAGGCAUUGGAGAACCUAAAGCAAAUCCACGAUGCUGCUAUUUCAUGUGGGUUGAAUAAACCAGUAUCAUCUGCAAAUGUUGAAUCUUCAAAGCCUUGACAAAGCUCAUAAGCAAUAUCUGGAAAGACAGCAGAAAGAAACUGAGAAUGAAAGAAAAUUCUCAUUCCUUUGGAGUUUAUAACUCUGUAACUGUUGCAGUUGCACAAGACAUUUUUCUUUGCACUUACUAUUUUUUGUGGGAAGGGGAGGGAAUCAAUCUUGGAGUUUUAAAAGCACAACUGGAGAAACUAAUUACAAUUUCUGAAAACUGUGAAUGUAGCAACUCUGUAUAUGAAGGCAAUUGAAUUAUUUUCAUGGAAAUAAUAUUGCUGGUUAAAGCAUUCUUUAUAUAUGUAAAAUGCCAUAAUUCAAGAACUAUAAUGCAGAAAAUACAAUUGUUAUUAAAAGAGAAACAAAUCCAGUUUCUACAUUUGUUAUAAUGGCAAGGGAAGGAGCUUUUGUCAUUGCCCAGAAAAGUGCCUUGAUCAGGGCGGGGCGGUGGGGGGGAUCUAGUUAUGUUGUAUAUACUUUCCUUGAUUUAGGGUAGUUUGGACAAUUAAACCCAUUGCUGAUACAUGAUUUGUAAAAAUUGGAGAGGAAAACUGUAGAAGUAUAUACAUUUUACUAAAUUGUGUUACUGAAGACAGAAUUGUGUGAUUAAGAAACUUGGCAGUGUUCAGAUUGGAAAGUGCUAUUGUUUGGGGUUUCUUUUGUUGUGUUGAGCCAUAAAUAAAAGGGGAAUGUAAAUACAACAUGCUUACUCUGGGAUAGUGCACUAAGGGAGAGCCAUUGCAUAUAAAAACAUGCAAUUAAUCUGCCAAUAAAUGCCUGAGUAAGGCACAAGAAUAUCUGUACAUGUCUAAAGCUAAUAUAAAAGUGACCAAAUUGUAAACAAAAUUUUGUAAAUAGUUUUUCUUAUUUUGUGGAUGUGAGGUAUUCAUAUUAAAAUGUU